CAUUAUCUCACCCCGGCUCCUUGUUUUGUCUAAUCCUCUGUAGCGCGAUCUAAACAUAUCAACUUUGUCAGAUUCAGACUAUGUUCUCGAUUAGAAAGGCGAUUCAUGACAAUCGACUGGCACCAUACAAACCUGAAAGGGAUCUCAGCAAGAAAUAACCGUGGCUGCAACCGGUCGGCGGCCAAUGCUGCUGCCUGGCCCUGGAGAGGAAGGGACCGAGACGGUGAGAUGGACUUUGAGUGGAUUGACAAGUACUGUCCUGCAGAAUCCCAUCACAAUUGUCGGAUAUCUUUACCGCUGAUUCGUACCCUGUCCUCAUAUCCAUAUCAAUAAUCCCUACGAACGUGCAUCGGACAACCACAUGCGGUCUCCUCUAGCCCAUAUAGAGUCCCGAAAUUGACGCCUCACCACGUACCAGGGGCCAACCUCCAUUUUUCACGAUGUCUACCCUGAUGUCACCAUCGAAAGAGGGUAGCUCGAACGACCAUGAUGUCGAAACAAAAGCUGAGCCUGAGGGUCUGCCGUUAAACCAGACCCGCGUCACACCCGUCAAGCGAAGUCGCCGGAGGUUGUUUGUAAUCAUAGGCAUAGUUUGUGCCUUCGUGGUCGUUCUUGCCUUGGGUCUUGGUUUGGGGCUCGGAUUGGGAUUGAAGAAGAAGUCAAGCUCGAACUAUGUCACGACGAACUCUUCAUUUCUCCUCGAUCCGAAUUUUGUUGUCACGAAUACACCGACAACCAGAUAUUACGAAUUCGUCAUAUCUGAAACAGUCGGCUCACCUGAUGGUUUUGAGAGACCUAUGUUGGUGGUAAACAACCAAUUCCCUGGCCCUCUUGUUGAGGUGAACAGCGGUGAUGAGCUCGUGGUUAACGUUUUCAACCAACUAUCCAACGGCACUACUAUUCACUGGCACGGGCAACUUCAAAACGGAACCAACUACAUGGAUGGCACCAACGGUAUCACUCAGUGUCCCAUCCCUCCGGGCAUGAAUUUCACCUAUCGUUUCACCAUUAAUCCAAACCAAUAUGGGACGUUCUGGUAUCAUGCUCAUGCAUCUACGCAGUACACAGACGGUAUUUAUGGACCGCUUGUAAUUCACUCUCCCAGCGAGCCUAUUUAUGGCCAAUAUGACCGCGAGGCUCUUGUUAUACUUUCGGAUUGGUACAAUGUGAUGUCCUCCGGAUUGCUCACUCAGUAUCUGAGUGUUGCUGGGAUUGAUGGAUCCAACUAUGGUGGAGUUAAUCCUGGAGCAGAGCCUCCUCCGGAUAGCGGUCUCAUCAACGGCAAGAUGACUGGUUCCUCGUUAGAUCUUCAGCCAAAUUUGCGCUAUCGGCUUCGCCUCAUCAAUAUGGGCACGCUGACGGAGUUCAUGUUCAGCGUGGACUCGCAUGUGCUGAGUGUCGUUGAGGCAGACGGGACCUCUCUUGAACCUGUGAAUGUGCACCGUGUCCCCAUACACGUCGCACAGCGCUACUCCGUUAUCUUGACGACAAAUCAGACCGCUGGAUCGUAUAACGUACGCGCGGAGAUGCAGAGCACUUGCUACAAACUCAGUAAUCCCAACCUCAACACAAUGGUGCUGGCUACAAUGACAUACGGUGCCUCACCAACGACACCGAACACUCAGGACUGGUCAGAUGCAUUCCCUGCCCUUUGUCUCGACCUCAACAGCACUAUGAUCGUACCUCAAAUUGCCAUGAACCCACCUAACAGCACGCAAACUGUCAUAGUCGCCGCGUCUUUCCAGCAAACAAUUCAAUCGGGUGGUGCGCAAACGCUGGCAUUCAUUAACAACACGAGCUGGGAGGCGGAUAGUACAAACCCUACUUUGCUGCAGAUGUCGAAGACCGGGAUUCAGACCGCCUUUGACUCGAGCCAACUUAUGGUUGUCAACGAUAAUAUCACUGUCGUUGACUUGAUCGUGAAUAAUUACGAUGAUGGUAGCCAUCCAUUCCAUCUUCAUGGGCAUGUAUUCUGGAUCAUUGGUGAAGGUGAUGGCAGUUACUUGCCUGGGGUGUCCCAACUCAACACUAUCAAUCCGCCAAGACGCGACACACUGACUCUUCCCGGUUAUGGCUGGGUCGUCAUCCGCUUCAUCACUGACAACCCAGGUCUCUGGGCGUUCCACUGUCAUAUUGGCUGGCACAUGGCCGCAGGGAUGCUAAUGCAAUUUGCGAGUCUACCGAGCCAAAUACAGCAGUUACAGAUACCAUCUUAUCUAAGUAACCAAUGCGGAGAGCAGAGCGGAGGUCUGUUGGUCAACUAGUGUGUAGAGUCUUUGAGCAUACUCGUACCUUCUCGGAAGUCAUGCGAACUCGACGAUUAUCGUGUACAGAAUGAUGAUGUACGUCGAACGGUUGAACGUAAAGUGGAGGUGACG